AUGGCGUCCAGCUCGAAAGAAAAAGUCGGUGAAACGAUCUACGAGACCAAGGAUGACACAUACGCUUUCGACCGAUCGCCAUCCACUGCCUCCCACAAUGCCGGCGAGAGCGACGGCGCCGUUCGCUUCAACGCCGAGGGCUUCCCUGCCGACGCGGAGCAGUACGCUGUCUGGCGUCGAGGCAUCCGUAAGCUCGACUGGCGCGCAGUGCCACCGCUGACGCUGCUCUGGUGGGCCAACUUUAUCGAUAGGUCCAACAUCGGAAAUGCCAAAGUCGCAGGACUCACUGCAGACCUCAAACUCGACGGCAACAAGUUCAACAUCGCCCUCGCCGUCUUCUACAUCACCUACAUUGCCAGCGAGAUACCGAGCAACAUGAUGUUGCGCAAACUGGGUGCCAAGUUCUGGCUGCCCUUUAUCGUCUUCUGCUGGGGCGUCAUCACCGUGUUCUUCGGUAUCGUCAAGAAUUACGCCGGGCUGAUCGUGAUUAGGUUGUUGCUGGGGCUGUUCGAGGGUGGGCUGCUGCCUGGUAUGCCACUGUAUCUUUCGCAAUUGUACCCUAGAUACAUGGUACAGGUCCGCCUCGCGUACUUCUACGCUGGUGCAAGCUUGUCCGGCGCCUUCGGAGGCUUGCUCGCCUCUGGGUUGAUCCAUAUGCAAGGUCUUGGUGUCCAAAACCGAUAUCUAGCACCUCUAAAACCAGCGACGCAGAAGGGUGUAGCUGGAUGGAGGUGGAUCUUCAUUAUCGAAGGUUUAUUGACAAUUGUCAUUUCCUGCUUCGCGUGGUGGUGCCUGCCUUCAUCUGUCAAGAAGUUUGGUGGGCUGAAGGAGGACGAACGGGAACUCAUGCUUGCGGUGCUGGGACGGGAUCAGCAGAACAACCGAGCCAAGGCGGCGGGAGUCUCUCCCGUCCUGACGAACGACGGCGAGAAGCAAGUCAAUCUGCCACCUGUCAGCGCACCCAAUGCAGUCGGACCUGUCAACGCCCACGAUGCGAGCAACGCCGCUGUGCAUCAAGCUAUGGUGUUCGAAGAGGAGCAGUUCGAAUGGCGCGAAGUUCGACGUGGGCUGGUCGAGCCACAGGCGUGGUUCACGGGUCUGGCGUACCUGUGCAUCUGCAACGCGCUCUACUCAUUCAGUCUCUUCCUCCCCACCAUCCUGCGCGGCAUCUACCCGAACAUCAGCCUGACGCGACUCCAACUUCUCACCGUGCCACCCUACAUCCCCGCCACGGUUCUCGUCAUCAUCAUCGCCUACCUCGCCGACAAGACACGUAUGCGCGGUCCGUUCAUCCUCGCUCUCCUCCCCCUCUCGAUGAUCGGCUACAUCAUGCUCCUCGCUACCAACGACGCCAAGGUCAAGUACGGUGCUACCUUCCUGAUCGCUCUGGGGCUCUACCCGACGGCACCGUGCAUUCUUUCGCUUCCGAUCAACAACACGUCGGGUCUGUACAAGCGUGGUACCGUCAAUGCGUUGCAGCUCAUGAUCGCCAACUUGGCCGGAUUCGUUGCGACGUUCAUCUACCAGGCAAAAUGGGCUCCCAAGUACAUCCAGGGUCAUUCGGUGGCGUUGGGUAGUUUGAUCCUAGCGUGGUUGUUCAUAGCGGUCAACGUCUGGUGGUGCUGGAGCGAGAACAGGGCGAGGGAGCAAGGGAGGAGGGAAGGAAACUGGGUCGAGUACCAGAGGCUUGUGGACGAGGCGGAAUGGAUCUAUGGGCCGUUCCGAUCGAGCCCUGAUUCGCGAGUGAAGACUGAUAAGUGUCGGCCUCUGACUGCAUUUAAAUAG